AUGUCUUCAAAUGAACGACUCUCCUCCCCUUAUCACCCUGAAGAACCUGUUGUCAAUGAUACCACCCUAGUCGUGCCCGGUGUUGGAGCAAACGCCGCUCUGUCCCCAGCCGACGAGCAUUGGACCGAGGAACGCACGGACUUUUCGACAGAUGCCCUACCAAGCAGCAGCCAAAACAUCCCUGCCAAACGCAUGCGUGCCAAAUCCACUUCCCAGGCUGCCACUGGUGAGAACACAAAGCCCCGGGUCUAUCAUCACGACAGAGCAGGCAUCCAAGCGACCCAGGCCAGACUGAAGCAUUCCGAGAGCUUCGCAACCGACGUGCGAUACAUCUGUACCGUGCAAGGCUGCGCGGCCAACGAAGCUCGACACGACGAGAUGUCCCGUCACUGGAACGAUGGGAAGAAGAACCAGAACCUACGGCUGAUCGAUCACGAUAUGGACAUCUACGGGGGAAAGCCCUACUUUGAAAUCCGCAAGCUGGAUUACAGCAUAGCCACCGACCUCGCAAUCACCGAAGAUGCCACGACGGCGCAGGAGUGGUACGAUGCUUUCCGAGAGAGGUAUCCCGACGCACAACUCGAUCCCAACUACGUGCUGAAGCCGAACGGUCUGAAGCCAGUAAGCCGCAGGGCGAGACACGGUAAGAAGCGGGGCGUGGUUGAGGAUCAUGAACCCACUGCAAGUGCCAGUAUCGAUCAAGGAGCAGGCCAGGACGAAGACAGCACCGAGGAAGGUCCUUCUCCGGAAGACAACCACGAUAGUGAUGAUGAUACUGGCAAAGUCGACAAGGGCAAGGGCAAAGGCGUCCUCCCCGGCUGGUACAACAACGGCGAGUGA